AUGGUCUUCGCCGCCAGAACCUCCGUCCUCCGCGCCGCCCGCGCACAAUUCGCUCCGGCCCGGGCUGCCUUUACCUUGAACCAGUCUGCCCUCGCCCGGCUGCUCUCCACACUCGCAGUGCUUGAACAGCGCGAUGGGAAGCUCCAGAGCUCAUCUCUCUCGGCUAUCUCUGCUGCAUUGAGACUCGGUGGGCCUGUUACGGCGUUCGUCGCGGGGAAUGGCGUGAAAGCGACAUCGGCCGCUGAGGCCGCUCAGUAUAAGGGUGUGGAGAAGGUUGUUGCUGUUGAGAGUGAGGCUUACGAGAAGGGCCUCCCGGAAAACUAUGCUCCUCUCCUCGUCGAGAACAUCAAGAAGGGCGAAUACACACACAUUGUCGGAGGCCACUCUGCCUUCGGAAAGAGUCUACUGCCCCGCGUCGCGGCCCUUCUCGACGUCCAGCAAAUCUCCGACAUCACUUCUAUUGAAAGCGAAGAUACAUUCAUCCGCCCCAUCUACGCCGGCAACGCAAUCCUAACCGUUCAAUCCACCGAUCCCAUCAAAGUCAUCACCGUCCGCGGCACCGCCUUCCAAGACGCCGAAGCCACAGGCGGCAACGCCGAAAUCACAGAGGGUGUCGACCCGCAAGCCCCCGCGCAAACCGAAUGGGUCUCCGAGGAGCUCGCCAAAUCCGAGCGGCCCGACCUCGCCACGGCCGGCCGCGUCGUCUCCGGCGGCCGCGGUCUCAAGUCCAAGGAGGAAUUCGACCGCAUCAUGGUGCCCCUCGCUGACUCGCUUGGCGCUGCGAUUGGUGCCUCCCGUGCCGCUGUUGACAGUGGCUUUGCCGAUAACAGUCUGCAGGUUGGGCAGACAGGGAAGAAUGUUGCGCCGCAGCUGUAUCUCUCUGUGGGAAUUAGUGGUGCGAUCCAGCAUCUUGCUGGUAUGAAGGAUAGCAAGGUGAUUGCGGCGAUUAACAAAGAUCCGGAUGCGCCAAUUUUCCAGGUUGCGGACGUUGGGCUUGUUGGGGAUUUGUUUGAGAAGGUGCCCGAGUUGACGGAGAAGGUUAAGUCUGCUUAA